UCCAUUCCCCUUCCAAAUCAGACACGGGCGGGCGCACGCACAGGCACGCGCGCACCCGGUGUGAAAGUGGGUUUUUAGCACAGCCCUGACGUCACUCCCGCACGUCACCUUCUCUAGGCUCCACUCGGCGGUGAUCCGUGGACGAGUCUGGAGCGUCUCUGCGUCUCUCGGUGCCCGUGAUGCUCUGUGCUGAGGACCGGAGGAGAGGCUGGUGAGCGCUUAUUUAAAGGAUGCUGCAUGGGUUUACGGCGCUGCAGUGGCUCUGCAUCCUCUCAUUCCCACCCUGAUCAUGGACAACUAAAGCAGGACUAAAACAGGACUACAGGAGGACUAAACACGCACAUAUCCAUAUCAAGAGGGCAUUUGGUGUUUCCUCUUUAUUAAUAAAAAGAAAUACAAAUUCCCACAGGAGACACUCAGCACUUCAUCAUGUCGGCCAAAGAGAGAUUUAAAGCAAGCAUGAGCAAAGAGAGCGUCACUCUGCUGCCCUGUUUCUACUUUGUGGAGCUCCCGAUUCUGGCCUCCUCAGUGGUUAGUCUGUACUUUUUGGAGCUAACGGACAUUUUCAAGCCUGUGCACUCUGGCUACAGCUGCAACGACAGAAGCCUGAGCAUGCCCUACAUCGAUCCCACAAAGGAGGUCGUUCCAUUCCUCAUGCUCUUUAGCCUGGCAUUUGUAAUUCCAGCAGCCACGAUUAUGAUCGGAGAAGGCAUCCUGUACUGUUUCCAGGUCAAAAGAAGGAUCAACAUAAAAACUGAGGCCAACAUCAAUGCUGCCGGCUGUAACUUUAAUUCCUACAUUCGGCGGGCAGUGAGGUUUGUGGGUGUCCACAUUUUUGGCCUGUGCAUCACAGCCCUCAUCACAGACAUCAUCCAGCUGACCACAGGGUACCAUGCUCCCUACUUCAUGACAGUGUGCAAGCCCAACUACACCAUCCUCAACACCACCUGUGAUGACAGCGUUUUCAUCGUGGAUGACAUCUGCUCAGGCUCAGACUUAGUAGCCAUCAAUGCUGGAAGGAAAUCUUUUCCAUCACAACAUGCCACCUUGGCUGCUUUUGCUGCAGUGUACGUCUCAAUGUACUUCAAUGCCACAUUAACUGACUCCUCCAAGUUACUCAAGCCCCUACUGGUCUUUUCCUUCAUCAUGUGUGCGGUCAUCUGUGGUCUGACUCGCAUAAUCCAAUUCAAAAAUCAUGCCAUGGAUGUCUACAGCGGCUUCCUUAUCGGAGGAAGUAUCGCCGUGUACCUGGGUCUGUAUGCAGUGGGUAACUUUAAACCCAGCGAGGACACGUCUCUCCGCCAAAGGCCACGUCCACAGCCACGUCACCAGCCACCACCCAUGCAGAUUCCCCCUCAGCCUCAGCCGAUCAUGCCCCCUCCUGCCCUCCGUGAGCCCCUGCGUCCUCUCCCUAACCUUAACACAGAGCUCCCACGUCUUCUCCAGCACAAGAGUCUGAGCAUGCGGGAGCGUCCAACUUCAGCCCGUUCGGAAAGCAUCCUGCUUCGAGGACCUCACCGUGACUCUUCCUUCAGCUUGAAGAGGGCUAGCACUGAACUGGAAUGUAUCACGGCUGCUAGCCAACUGUGCCAGGACAGCAUGGUGACCUUUAGCAACACCCUGCCUCGCUCACACUCUAUAGGUUCGGAGGAGCCAGUGCCACGUCGUCACACCGCCAUACAUGCUUCGAUGGACUCCACGCGAUCCAAGCAGUUGCUUUCACAAUGGAAGUGCAAGAAUGAGAACCGCAAAUUUUCACUGCAGGCAGGAGAAUGUCCUGAGGGUGGCAUGGAAGCACGCUGUAGUUCUGAACCCACUGCCAUGGGUCUGGAUGGGCCACCUGGCCAGUAUAUGAAGAUGGCUGCCAGUGUCGUGCCACUGGCUAACCACAAUGGCGGAGGUGGGGGUGGGGCCAGGGUAUCGAUCCAAUCAAGGCCAGGCUCAUCACAGCUAGUACACAUUCCUGAGGAGACACAAGAGAAUACAUGCUCAUCUUUGCAAGAGGACAGUGACGAAAUAAGUGAUGGUGGUGGAGGAAUGGUGGGGAAUGCAAGGUCGAAAUGGAUGAAGAUGGCAGAGAAGAGUGCCCCCUGCAGGACUAAUAGCCAACCACGGAUAAUGCAAGUGAUUGCCCUGUCUAAACAGCAGGGCAUGAUUCACGGAAGCCCCAAGAGUGAGGGCAGUGCUGUCAGCCGCACAGGAUCCAUCCGUUACAAGGCACUGACAGAGCAGGACCCUGGGACAGGCAUUGUGCAUGUCGAUGCCCACCCAGAAAACAGACCCAAUUCAGACGCCGGUGGAUCCUGGAGGUGGAAGGCACCACCAGAGCGUGGCAGUGUUCGCCAGUGUUUCGAGCUCAAUGAUCUCAACCGCAACUCAGAGAGCUGUGAUUCCCUUAAGGACGGCUCUGUACAUGACAUAAACAACCCACAUCAUCCACAUUUUCACCAUCAUCACCAUUUUCACCACCCACAUCAGCACCAUCAGGCCAUCACCACUAUUCGUGUGACACCAGUUGAGUCAAGCAGUGAAGCUGAAGCUGCCUCGGAGACACUUUCUCUUGCAUCCAGUCGUGAUUCCACCCUGCGCCGCAAAAACGUCAUCCUGCUACCUGACCGAGGCCCGAGUCCGGACAAUGCCAGAAACCUGCCACACUUUUUCAAAUCAUCCCCUACGCCUCCUCCCACUGUGACCUUCAAAGAGUGAACUUGAGUGCAUUCUGUCUUUUUGUUCCAGAGUGGCCUUGCUCUCCUACCUGACUCGCAAUUCUCUGGAAAGACAGAUGGGAGUCACCCUGGAUAUACCAUAUCUUUCCUUUUAACCUGCACUGGCUCCAUCCAGCUCUGUAAGGUGGUGUUCUGUAUUUUCACAUUUUUUUGAUGUAUCGUGACAUUGAAAAAGCACAAACUUUUUUUUUGCCGACUCGUUUGGAAGGGUGGUUUUGUGGUUUAAAAAAUUACAUUUCUCAUUUUAUAAUAAUUAAUACAACGUAUAAUACAUAGGGAAACUUUUUUUUGUCGAAGAUAGCGUGUACACUACCUAGCCAGAGUUUUUUGUUUUGUUUAGAUUUUCAACUUUGAUUGUGCUUAACAAAUGUGUGCGUUGCCUGAAAUGGCAACAUGGGGGUGCUUUUUCAAAUGUACUUUCCUACCUUAUUCAGUGUGGUAAAUUUUUUUCUCUGGGUAAGCAUUUGUAAUGGAACACAUUAUUCAAAACUAUUAUUAUAUCUCUGCUAAUGGCUAAUUAUUAUCCUACACAUUGCUUUUUAGGCAUUAGGGAAAUGUGAUUGCGUCAUGGCGAUAGUGCACUUACCAAAUUUCAGGAUAUGGAGUGAUGGAGGUGUGAUUCAGUCUCCUAUACACACUGUGCAUUGUGUUAGCCAGUCUUUCAUUUUACUUAGGGAUUAGAGAAAUGCUUUUUUUCACAGCAUUGGGGAAGGUUUUGCCUUAAGACAGAUGAAGAGGUUUAAACACAACGCAUAUUAACCUCACAUUCCAGAACAUUCACUUUCACUAUAUUGAAUUCAUAUUUUUCUCUGUUUUUAUUUUGGUUUUUGAAAGCUCGGUUUGUUUCUAAGUUGUGGUUUGAGCACAUUUGUAAAAUUGUGUUUUCUCGCUUUCGCUUGAUGGGCUGAAUAUUUACACUGACGUUCCUGCUGAAUUUGUUUACCUCUUUCCUGCUUCUCACCUGCCAAGCUGCUCCUCCUCCUUCACCUCUCUUUGGGUGUUUAGAAAACUCCAAGCACCCUUCACAAAGACUUCAGAAGAAGAACCGGUGAUUUAAAACUCUUUAGUUUGAUUUUGACACCUUUCUCCAUACUGCAGGAACUUUCUGCUAAUAAUCUUUCUUCAUAGAGUGCCUCGGAGAGAUUAAGAGUGUUUGUUUUGGGAGUUUUUUGCCUGUCAAUUACUGUUACAGUCUAAACAUUGUACAGUGUUUCCUUUAAAAUGGUGCAAAAAUUGACAUCCUAUACUCAUUUACAAACUUUUCUUUAGAUAGAUUAUGUUGCAUUUUGAGAUUUUACAAAUUUGUUUUGCUAGCAUAUUAAAUACCAUAUUUUCUGGAAUUUCCUAGAAAAGGACUAAGAACAGAGUUUACUUAGUCUUACAUGGUACUAGUCCAGAAGAUCCAGCUAACAUCAAAAAUCCCUGACUAUAGCACAGCCGAAAUAUUUGUCUAAACAUAUGUUUUAUCAUCUACAAUCUUAGUUAGCUAUAAAAUGUAAGUAAAAAAAAAGUAGAUAUCGAGAAAAUUAUAUAUAUAUAUAUAUAUAUAUAUAUAUAUAUAUAUAUAUAUAUAUAUAUAUAUAUAUAUAUAUUAAAAAAUAAUAAAACAUUUAUUGCAAAUGGUUCAGCAAAAUAUUUGGUUAUAUUUUAUCUAAAAUGUCAAGUACUUAAUAAUAAUUUCUUGUUUAUAAAACGGUUCUAUAAAAGCGAUGUUACACCCGCAGUCGGUUGUAAUGAAUAUCAGCAUGAAUGUGAUUUUCCGCUGCCUCAUACAUACGGCCAAAUUUCAGCUUUGCUGAUAUUCAGUACAAAUACAGUUUGGCUUGUAUGAAAUUGCUUUAUUAAGGUUCUUACAUAUUAUUGUUUCUAUAGUAACUAUUUCAAAGCGGUUGUGCCACAUGAGAGCAUUGGACUCUUCACAUAACAAACAUAAUAUAAACAGAUUUUAAUAACAUUUUAACAAAUAAUAAUUUGACAAGAUGCAGUAAAAAAGAGUCUGGAUAGGGAAUUACAGGAUUAUUAGUAAUAAGAGGAAAAACUAUACAUAGUUAAAACUAUACAUGGUUAGAACGCAUGAUUAUUAAUUAUAAAUUGUAACUGUUGGCAAAUCGUUAAAAGGAAUGAAUGAUUUCAUAUGCUCUUAUAGGCGAACAAACAAUUGAUACACUUCGUGAUUAUAGUGACUGCUACUAGUAGAAUGAGGUAACCAGUAGUGACUUUUUAUACCAGAUAUAAAACUAAUAUGGCACAGAGAAUUUGACAGUGAUGAAUUAACUAAAGAACUAAAGAAGCACAUCAUGGUGAGUCUGAGACUUCUGUGAGAUGAAUGAGUUCCUCAUCUGUGAAAAAUCUUCUAAAACUGUGCAUUUCUACAUUUCUACAGUCCUAAUCCAUAACAAUACUAUAUAUUUAUGAAAAGAAAAAAAUGUAUAAUAACCCUUAUAUCUGUAACUUGGGCAGAGAUGAAUUUAUUAAAUGUACAGGAUCAUUUAUAUAACUUAGGAUCUUUUAUGAUUUUCCUUUUUUUUCUGUUUGUCUUUCAUUUUUUGAGAAUUCAACAUGGAUUUGUGAAUACAGGUUUUUCAGUGGCAUGUACGUCUUAAAACGCAAAAGGGAUCCGUGUCAUUUUCGAAUUUUCUACCUGACUGUACAGUAUAAAUGUACCCUACUCUAAGGCUUUAACCAGAUCUUAUAACUGCAUGGUCAUUUGAUACGGUUUGUAGUGUAACUACAGUUUCUGUUCUUGUUUUGUACAUGAUGCCUUUUAAAUGGUGGUGGUCAGUACCUUUAUGCUCUGCCAUGCAUUUUAUCCAAUCAGCUGAGUAAACCACUAGAUCUUUGUAACACUGUAAAUAGAUAUUUGUAACUUUGAGAGAGCUCUUGUGGUGAUGUACAUUUAGAAGAGAGAUUACAUUUGCAAAGUGUUAAACUUUCAUAUGAGUAUUUGUUUAAAGAGAGAUCACAGGGUGCACACUUCUCCGUGUGCCAUAAAGAAACAUUUUUGGGGGUUUUUUUUGUUUGUUUGUUUGUUUGUUUGUUUUUUUCAUGUGAGAAAUUACUUUUUCUGAGUGAAGUUUUAGAACAAAUAAUCAAACAUGGGGCUUUUGCUCUGCAAUGUGUUUUGAUUUGGGGACAAUAUAUCUUAUUCAUAUUAAAGUAAAUGUUUGGUAUCAA